AAAAAAAUUGAAAAUCAAAAAGAUCUUUUUUGGUUGUCUUGUCAAGUGCAUGAAAUAAGAAAAAAAAAUGAGUAAAGAAAAAUAAGCACAGAUAUAGGAAGUAGUGUUUUGGAUCAUAGAUUCGAAGCUAGGCGUCUUCUAGUUUAUAAUUAGUGGAUUUAAAACGUUUUUGACAUAAUUAAUUAAAAAUACGCAUCCUUCCUUCUUUGCCCCAAAGUUUUUAAAUCCAAUCACUCCAUUAAUUAUAAAUCACUAGAAACUUAGCUAAAGAAAGUAACCCAAAACUUCGAAGCCUAUAACACGAGACAACCUCUUUUUUUAGCUCUUUAAAGUUAAAAUAGAUUUUAUGUAUUUUUAAUUUACAAUAUAAUAUAAAAUCUAGGAAACAGAGCAUAAGAACAACAAAAAAGAAAGAAUAAAUAAUAUGAAAAAAAUAAAAAUAUAAAUAAAUAUACAAAUAAAUAAAUGAAAAUAAAUUAAAACAGAAAAAAUAAAUAUCAGAUAAAAUUUGAAAUUAAGAAUUUGAAAAUGUUGCUUAAGCAAACACAAAGAGAAAAUAAAUAAAAUAAAACCAAAUAAAUAAAUAAAAAAUAGUAAACUCAAAAAUAAGAAAGAAAGAAAUAAAUAUUAAAAAGAUUGACAUAAGAUCUGUAAGAUCUGAUCUAUUUAUUUUUUUUUAAUUUUUUGAUAUUGGCAACAUAAAAUAAGAAAGAAAAUUUAAUUUUAAUUUAAUUUAAUAGUUUGUAUUUAUUUACGUUAAGAUUUUUUCUUAUACAAAGAUUGUCCAAAUAACAAAUAAAAAUGAAUAUGUAGAGCGAAGUUCCUAAUUUCUUUUUAUCAUAGGAAUAGAUAUAGUAAGAAAUAGAUUAAAUAAACUUCAAAGCCAUUUAAAGAUUAAUACCAAAGCUAAAAUAAAUCAUAUUAGUCUGUAAAAUUACUAAACUGCUUGAGUUUGCUGAUGUUUGGCAUACUAAAUAAAAAGGGCCAAGCUUUUUGGUAGAAGAAUAUAGCCAUGAUUAAAAAAGAAAGUACACUCUUAUCCAAUUAAAUUAAGUGCAUUAAUCUAAGCUUGAAGAGGAUAUUAAAUUUUACUUUACAAAAGACAUGAAUUUUGGGUUCAACGAUGAACAAUAAAUGAUCUACCUCAAAAAUGAAAAAGGUAACUGGGGUAUAUGGAUUGCAGAGUAGUAAGAAUAUAAAAAUCUAAAUUUAAAAUUGCAAGAAAUUGUUUAAUAUGUAAAAAGUUGA